GGUGCUGGCGGAGCCGAGAGGUGAAGCUGGAGCGGCGGUGGCGGCGGCGGCGGGAGGCCGGGGCUGAGGCCGAGGCCGGGGCUGUGAGGCCUUUGGGAAGGCAGUCGGCGGCAGCCCGGGGCCCGAGUCCGGAGGCAGGAGCGGCCGCCAUGGCCGAGAGCAUCAUAAUCCGUGUCCAGUCCCCAGAUGGCGUGAAGAGGAUCACUACAACAAAGAGAGAAACAGUUGCAACAUUUUUGAAAAAGGUUGCAAAGGAGUUUGGCUUCCAAAACAACGGCUUCUCAGUUUACAUCAAUAGAAACAAGACUGGAGAAAUAACAGCGUCGUCCAGCAAAUCCCUCCAUUUGCUAAAGAUCAAACAUGGCGACUUGCUGUUCCUGUUCCCCUCCAACCUCGCUGGACCCUCGGCUGAAAUGGAGACAUCAACCUCAGGAGGGCUAAAGGCCUUCGGUGCUCCCAAUGUGGUUGAAGAUGAGAUCGAUCAGUACCUCAGCAAGCAGGAUGGAAAGAUUUACAGGAGCCGCGACCCGCAGCUAUGCCGCCAUGGCCCCUUGGGGAAGUGUGUGCACUGUGUCCCACUGGAGCCAUUUGAUGAGGACUAUCUGAACCACCUGGAGCCUCCCGUGAAGCACAUGUCCUUCCAUGCCUACAUCCGGAAGCUGACGGGAGGGGCCGACAAGGGGAAGUUUGUUGCCCUGGAGAACAUCAGCUGCAAGAUUAAGUCAGGAUGUGAGGGACAUCUCCCAUGGCCAAAUGGUAUUUGUACCAAAUGCCAACCUAGUGCCAUCACGCUGAACAGACAGAAAUACAGACAUGUGGACAAUAUCAUGUUUGAGAAUCACACUGUUGCUGACCGCUUCCUUGACUUCUGGAGAAAGACAGGAAACCAACACUUUGGGUACUUGUAUGGACGGUACACAGAGCAUAAGGACAUUCCACUUGGCAUCAGGGCUGAAGUGGCUGCAAUUUAUGAGCCUCCUCAGAUUGGUACACAGAACAGCCUGGAGCUUCUGGAAGAUCCGAAAGCUGAGGUGGUUGAUGAGAUUGCUGCCAAACUUGGCCUGAGGAAGGUUGGAUGGAUAUUCACGGACCUUGUCUCAGAAGAUACCCGAAAGGGUACAGUCCGAUACAGUCGGAAUAAGGACACCUAUUUCCUGAGUUCAGAAGAAUGCAUCACUGCAGGAGACUUUCAAAACAAGCACCCCAACAUUUGCCGGCUCUCUCCCGAUGGUCAUUUUGGAUCCAAGUUUGUUACUGCAGUGGCCACAGGUGGUCCAGACAACCAGGUUCAUUUUGAAGGUUACCAGGUAUCCAAUCAGUGCAUGGCCCUGGUCCGAGAUGAAUGUCUCCUGCCUUGUAAGGAUGCCCCUGAGCUCGGCUAUGCCAAGGAGUCCAGCAGUGAGCAGUAUGUUCCUGACGUGUUCUAUAAGGACGUAGACAAGUUUGGCAAUGAGAUCACCCAGCUGGCCCGUCCCCUGCCUGUGGAGUAUCUGAUCAUAGACAUCACAACCACCUUCCCCAAGGAUCCAGUUUACACUUUUUCUAUUUCACAAAAUCCGUUUCCUAUUGAGAACCGGGAUGUACUGGGUGAGACACAGGACUUCCAUAGUUUGGCCACCUACUUGUCCCAGAACACCUCAUCAGUGUUCUUGGAUAUCAUCUCCGACUUCCAUCUCCUCCUGUUUUUGGUCACCAAUGAAGUCAUGCCACUGCAGGACAGUAUCAGCCUGCUGCUGGAAGCCGUGAGGACCAGAAAUGAGGAACUAGCACAGACAUGGAAAAAGUCUGAACAGUGGGCCACCAUUGAGCAGCUGUGCAGCACUGUUGGUGUGCAGCUCCCAGGCCUCCAGGAGUAUGGUGCAGUCGGGGGCUCUGCACGUGCUGCUCCCUCUGGCAUGUGGGCCUGUCAGCACUGCACCUUCAUGAACCAGCCGGGCACGGGCCACUGCGAGAUGUGCAGCCUCCCCAGGACCUAGGGCUCAGGCCCUCUGCUGCGUGGGAAUGGGCCAGCCCAGCCCAGCCCAGCCCACUCUCAAGUCUGGAGCGCCAUGUGUUCCCUGUAAGGCCUGACGCCCAUGGCCCUGAAGCAGUAGGGCCAGCUACCCUGGUAUCCGGAUACACCGAAGCUUCUCAGUGCAGAUCUUGAAGAGAACGAAUCCCAGCUGCUGUGCUGGGGUUGAACAGAACCUCCCAACUGGAAAGGCAGUGCAGCCCUGCCCAAGGACACCCCACAUGCCUCAUCUAGUUACUAGCUCCCCGCCAUAUUGGAGGGACUGAGCGCCUCCAAAUAAUCACCUGAAAUUGGGGUGUGCAGAGGUUGCAGCUGUCACCCAGCUUUCUUUCCUUCCUCUCUGCUUUUGGUUUUCUGCCUCCCCAGUUUUUAGAUGGAUGUUCCUGGCUGUCUCUGUUCCCUUGCUGUGGGCUGUGUCCCUCUGCUGGGAGCAUGUGUGGCUGGGGUGUGGCUGCCUUGGUCUGACCUGCAGUGUAGUGCGCCCCUGCCCUUCACUUGCCUGAAAUCCGCAGUUGUCAGUAGUUCCCACCCAGGAAAUUUUUAUUUAUUGUUUUAAGGUAGGCCUGCACAGAUGGGAGUGAGAGAGAUUUAAUCCUGCUUUCUUUCCUCCUUCAGUGCAGUCCCUGGUGGGUGUUCAGUGUGGUUAUUGGGCAGGGGCUGCCAUCAGUUGUUCCCUGAAGCAAACCUCAGUGCCUGAGACUUCCUGCCAUGCCGCAGACAGUGGCAGUUGGUAGCGUGGGUGGUGGCAGAGCAGUAGUGGCUCCUGCCAGGCAGUCAGCCUCAUCAUGUCUGUGGGCCAGCCCUGGGGUUCUGGUCCCCUCUCCCAGCUCUGCUCCUUUACCUGAGGCGUCCCUACACUGUUGCCUUCUUGCACAGUGCUGUGGCAGCUGAGAAAGCCUAGCAAAGGUGCCCAUGUGCCCAUGGUGAGGCAAAUAGAAACGGCCUGUGAGGGUCCCGUGGCUGUUCUGUGACAGCCUUUACCCAGGUAAGACAUAGGUAUCCUGAUGCCUCUUUGCCUUAAUGAGAGCUAAGUCAGCUAGCUGUACUUUACCCUGGGACAGGCCAUGCCAACCAUAGACUGCUGGGGGCCAUGUGUGUCUCUCUAGCAAAGUGCACCCAUGCUUCCUUCCGCAUCUUUGGCCCUGGGGACAAACCACUUGUUUGCUAGGGUUUCAUGUGGCAGGACUAGGGUCAGCAUCUCUGGUUUCACCUGGCCUGGGAUCUGAGCCCCACUGGGCUUGGUUUGGUACUGACAGGGUCAUCUUGGAGGGUCAGGAGUGGUAGAGAGCAGGCGAGCAGUCUCUGCAGCCACUUGCCAGCAGCAUGCAGACAAAGUGCUGAGGGCUGCCUAACCUCCCUCCUGGUAGUUUCCCUGGCUAGGACUUCACAUUUCUGUCUUUCCUGGUUUCUGUGAUCUGAUAGACUGGAUGUCCUGGCGUUGCUGUGUCCAUCACUUGGCUGUGUUUCCAGUGCCAAUCAUACAAGCACCGUUAUUCAUGCUGGGCAGGUGCCGGGCAGCACAAGCUCUGGAGACCUUUAGGCCACUACUUACUCGCCCACUCAUCUUUGUCUACAGAGUUAAUUAUUUUUUUUCUCAUAUUCUGGUGUCCACGUAAUUCUUGUUUUCUCUGUCUUUUAGCUAAAGAAAUUGUUGUGAUUUCUCUGCUCGUGGUUUUGAGUUACUCUUUGUUCAGUAAUGCACUUUAUUUUAUUGUCCAAAGAGAGUCAAGCUAAUGCUACCAGCUCGGGGUGAGCCCUGCGGAAGGGCAGCUCUGCUACCUCCUACAUGGAGGUGGCCCUGUCCCACCUCUAAUCCUACUUGCCAUCAGGCACUACAGCCCAGAAAGCGGUGCCUGUGGGCCUACCUACCCAAGUAAACCCAGUGGCUGCCAUGGUCCUCUUCAGGCUCAGAGCUGGGGUCCAGCCCUGGCCUCGCUCCUGGGACGUGGGUGCUCCCGCUUCGGCUCUGCUUUGGGCUCAUAGGUGUGCACUGGCUGGGUGUGGACUAGUGUUCCCGUGACCCUGCCCUGCAGUGGAACCUAAUAAAAGCACCUGAAGCGAA